GGGCAGGUUUGCUGUUACGAUUCCAUUGAGAGAGAACAUUGGCGACAUUGGUAGUUCAAAAGAGAUAGCUUUGCGUCGAUUUACGUUAUUAGAGAGAAGAUUAGAUAAAGACCUGAGCUAAACAAACAAAACUGACUUUAUGAAAGAAUACGAGCGGGUGGGACAUAUGGAGCUGGUGUCGAGGACAGCUGAACCAGGAGAACUGGUUUAUUAUAUUCCGCAUCACUGUGUGACGAAAAAAUUCAGGGUAGUGUUCGAUGCUAGCUGCCGCACAGAUAAGGGUAUUUCUCUCAAUGAAGUACAACUGCUAGGUGAAAAGUUGCAACGUGAUUUGGCGGAGAUAGUACUAGGGUUUCGUAGGCAUAAAAUUGGUAUCAUAGGCGACAUAAAAAUGAUGUUCCGCCAAGUGCGAAUAGUCCAAAGGCAAUGGAAUUUGCAGCGAAUCUUUUGGAGAGAUAGUACAAACGAUCCAAUAGGAGAAUAUUGGUUGAAGGUCGUAACAUACGGUAUGACAUCAUCAACAUUUAAUGCUGUUCGAGCAGUGAUACAGUGUGCGAGGGAUGCGGCAAAGGACCACUCAGACGCCUCUAAAGUCAUUGAGAAUGAUUUAUAUAUGGACGAUUGCGCCACCGGAUCCAGGAAUGAAAGUGAGGCGAUAAGAUUAGCAAAAGACAUUGAUCAUAUUCUAAAAGGUGGUGGUUUCGAAAUGAAGAAGUGGAAAUCGAAUUCAAAAAGGCUCGUAGAGGAAAUGAGAUCAG